AUGCGGAUACCCGUGGUCGGUGAUGGCGAUGGCCCGGAGGACUUGGACACACGCCGACUGGCGAAUGCCACUGUCUACUUGGUACAGAUGUACAUCGCGAAGCGCAUCAAUACGCUGGUCAUCCGGCAGGGGUGCGUAGGAUGUGCGGAGGGGUUGCGACACCGCCAGAGGCAGGUCAUCGAUCAUGUGCUGCGGCACAGCUCCCCCGAUCUAAGUGUGCUCCUGUAUAGGGGCACUCCCGACGAGACUCCCUGGGAGUACACUCUGUUCGUGGUCAACGACGAGAAGGCCUUCAGACAGCAGCGCUUCACCUUUCCCGACACACUGACCGACCGAGAGUUCUUUUUCCUGGUGGUUGUCACCUCGGUACAGCACGCCGAGACCGUCAAGCGCGUGGCAGCCGAAAUAAUUCUGGCCGCCCUUCGGAUAUUCGUCAUCAACGUGGCAGUGCUCGUCCAGCUCGCCGAUGCCCAGGUGGUCACCUACGGCUACACCCUGUUCAAGGCCAACUGCACGGCCGGCAUCACCGUACAAGAGAUCGGCCGCUUCGACCCCACCACCGCACAACCGCUGACCGUCAUGCCGGAUAUGUAUCCGGUGCGGAAGCUUCACUUGCACGGAUGUCCCCUCAAGGUCGGCGCCAACCAUCUACCGCCGCACUUUAUGUACAGGCGUCGUAGCCCGCAGCCGACAUACGGCAAGGGGGAGGUAUCUGGCGAGGAUCUGAAGGGAAUGGACCUGGAGCUGCUCCAGCUCCUGGCCAAUGCCCUCCACUUCCGCAUCCGCCUCUACAUGCCCACCGAGACUACCCUGUUCCGUGACGGAGGGAACGUCUCCGGCUGCUUGGAGCAGUUGGCUGCGCACAAGGUGGACAUUGCGAUCGGGGGGCUGAGUGGCUCGGACAAACGGCGCUGGCUGUUCUCCGCCUCGACGGUAUACCACCAGAGCUACUUCGUCCUAGUGGUUCGCGAGAACCGCUUCCAGGCCAAGUUCGGUCACUUGGCUCUGCCCUUCCGUGGUAAGGUGUGGGCAGUGAUCAUCUGCAUGCUGCUGGUGGCCGUGCUGGCCACCUGGUGCCUCAGCGCCCGUGUCCGGUUGAACCAUGCGCUCGAGAACCUUCUGCUGAUGAGCCUGGGCAAUCCGGUGCCCGUGCCGCGAGUCCCCGGCAGCAGCUUCCUGCGGUAUCUCUUUGCCAGCUGGCUGCUGCUCACCCUGGUGCUGCGGUGCGCCUACCAGGCGAAGCUCUUCGACGUGCUACGUCUGCCCAACCAACGACCCCUGCCGAAAGACCUGCUCAGCCUGAUCGAGCAGAACUUCACUAUGAUAUCGCAUAGCCACCACGACUUCUAUCCAGCCCACAUGACACGGCUCUUGCAGGAGUCAUUCUCAUACCGCUUCAAGUACAUUCAGAGUGCCCGGCCAGACGAGCGCCUGGUCACCAUCUCGCUGCUGAACAACCUCGCUUACUGGAACCAGAAGCACCUCAAUAGCAGUCAGCUGACCUUCAUCCGAGAACCGAUAUACCUCGACCAGUUGGUUGUCUACUUCCGCAAACGGUCCUUCUUAAAGUACGCCUUCGACCGCAAGAUCAAACAGCUGCUCAGCUCCGGCGUAGUGUCGCAUAUCGAGCGCCGGUACUUGCGACUGUGCUACGCCGACAUGGCAGCCAAAGACAGGGACCGGAACCGGAACUUGCUGCCCCGCAUCACCAACAACAUCAUGGUUGGGGCCUAUCGCAUCUACUACCUCCUUCUCUUCUUGGCGCUCGUGAUGUUUGGCCUCGAGCGUCUAGCCCAACGUUGGCGGGCACUGCGUAGAUGGUUCGACUGGUUCCAUCAGCCCUAG